CUUUUAUUUUUCUAAAAACGAAGAUGGACCAAUAUAGUUACAGCCAACCCUCCUCCUCCUCCGUCGAGUCUGUUAAGUCACGCGACCGCGAAAGAGAUCACUACGGCAUACCCAUGAAAUGCUGGUGUGGCGGGGAACUACAGCUCAUACCCAAUACGACCGGUGAAUACCAAGGUCGCCUAUGCUACAAAUGUGCUAGAUCUGCGGAUGGGUGCUUGCAUCUUCACAAGUUUUGGGACAAAGCCAUAGUCGAGGAAAUCCACGACCUCCACAAGAAAUUGCUAGAGCGAGACGACCACAUUAACUAUCUCACUCUUGGACCAAAUGGCACUAAAGUCUACCCUUCAAUGUUGUCCGCCCAGAUUGAAUACCAUGGCGAAGAGAUGGGUCACAUUAGACAGCUUGUUCGGGAAAUUGGUGACGGAUACGAGGAAUUAUCUUCCAACAAGGGCUACUCACUCUGCUAAUCCAGCCACUUUUGGGGUGAAAGAGGUCAAGGGUUUCAUUCUAGGGUUCCUCUCUGUUAUAGUACUACUCCUCAUAUUUAUCAUCAUUAAGCAGUAAUUUCUACC